UUGCAGGGUGUCUGGGCUAAACUUCACCAAAUAAUAGCUGUUUGUAUUUUGGCUGCUGCAGGAGCCAUUUUAGCUGGCAGAUUUAAUCUCACAGAAGUGGCGCAGAAGUUGCUGAAUACAUUCAACUUGGGCAUAAGGUACUGAAAUAAGAUCAUCCAGGUUCUGACUCCAGAGACUGCAUACUCUUCUCAGUCCUUCUUUCCAAUUGGACAAGAUCCCUCAUCUCUCUCUUUUCUAUAGACCACUCGGGGUUCCUGGCAAUGUAUUGCUCCUGGAGAAGAAAUAUACAUCCCAAAAUUGAUAAUAAUGAAAAUACAGAAGAAAGAAAAGCAGCUGGCACAUUUUAAAGUGCUGACUCAUUCCCCAAUGUCUGAUGCCUCCAUUACCUUCGAAUGCAAGCCACAGUCUCCUUUUGUCAGUAGCCCAGAUCAGGAAGAUCUGCAUGACCUUGUGACAAUCUCUGAUUUGGCCAGCGUGAGCCUGGUCCAGAAGGACCAGCAGAAUGUAAUACCUGAUGAGAUUGUGCAGAACAUGGUGACUUCCCACAAUGGGGUGGAGGAUGAUGGAGGCGGGGGCACCGGGGUGAAGAAGAAAAGGAAGAAAAAAGAAGCGGGGCAGCAGGAGCUAUGUGGCGAAAGAGACGCAAAACCAAAGAGGAAGAGAGAGCCUAAGGAACCAAAAGAACCCAAAAAGCCCAAGAAGCCGAAGGAGCCUAAACCAGAGGGCAUCAAAAAACCCCGGAAGCCACGGGAGCCCAAAGUCCCGAAGGAGCCUAAAGAAAAGAAGAGCAACUUGGACUCUCCCCCCAAAGCAAGGCCCAAGAAACCUAGCACGGAGCAAGGACCAACUCCUGUUGAGAAGAAGAAAAAAGGGAAGAGGAAACAUGACACUCCAGUGGAAAACCUAGAGCUGGAUCAGAGUCUCCUUUCGUUGUCUGGGCAGAGCCCUGAGGAGUCUGCUGAACUGACUGACAGCCAGAAGCGCCGCUCUGGACGCCAAGUGAAGCGCAGGAAGUACAAUGAAGACCUGGAUUUCAAGGUGGUGGAUGAUGAUGGAGAAACAAUAGCUGUGCUGGGAGCUGGCCGGGCUUCUGCGCUCUCUGCGUCUACCUUGGCCUGGCAGGCAGAGGAACCUCCUGAGGAUGAUGCCAACAUCAUUGAGAGAAUCCUUGCCUCCAGAAUGGUGCAGAAAGAGACUCACCCUGGAGGACUAGCAUACGAACUGGAGGAGUUCUAUGUAAAAUACCGUAAUUUUUCUUACUUGCACUGUAAAUGGGCCACAAUGGAGGAGCUGGAGAAGGAUCCACGUAUCUCUCAGAAGAUAAAGCGUUUCCGCAACAAGCAGGCACAGAUGAAGCACAUUUUUACUGAGCCUGAUGAAGACCUGUUUAACCCAGAUUAUGUGGAAGUCGACAGAAUCUUGGAGGUGGCUCACACAAAAGACGCCGAUACUGGGGAGGAGGUGAUUCACUACCUGGUAAAGUGGUGUUCAUUGCCUUAUGAGGAAAGCACGUGGGAGCUGGAAGAAGAUGUUGACCCAGGGAAGAUAAAAGAGUUUGAAUCUCUGCAAAUCCAACCAGAGAUCAAACCCUUGGAGCGCCCUGCUUCUGAGUCCUGGCAAAAGUUGGGAAAGUCUCGUGAUUAUAAAAACAACAACGAGUUACGGGAGUACCAGUUGGAGGGAAUGAAUUGGCUGCUGUUUAACUGGUACAACAGGAAGAACUGCAUCCUGGCUGAUGAAAUGGGUCUUGGGAAGACAAUUCAGUCAAUCACAUUCCUUUCUGAGAUUUUCCUGAUGGGUCUUCGAGGCCCAUUUCUCAUAAUUGCUCCACUUUCAACCAUCACAAAUUGGGAGCGGGAGUUCCGCACAUGGACUGAGAUGAACGCCAUUGUGUACCAUGGCAGCCAAAUCAGCCGCCAGAUGAUCCAGCAGUAUGAGAUGGUGUACCGAGAUGCACAGGGCAGCCCUCUUCAAGGGCUCUUCAAGUUCCACGUGGUUAUCACUACCUUUGAGAUGAUCCUUGCCGACUGUCCUGAGCUGAAGAAAAUCCAGUGGCGCUGUGUGAUCAUUGAUGAGGCCCAUCGGCUCAAAAACAGGAACUGCAAGUUGCUGGAAGGACUGAAGCUGAUGUCUCUGGAACACAAAGUGCUACUGACUGGAACACCCCUGCAGAACUCUGUGGAGGAGCUCUUCAGCCUACUCAACUUCCUGGAGCCACAGCAGUUCCCAUCUGAGACUGCCUUUCUGGAGGAGUUUGGGGACCUCAAGACAGAGGAGCAGGUUAAGAAGCUCCAGUCCCUCCUGAAACCCAUGAUGCUGCGACGUCUGAAGGAUGAUGUGGAGAAGAAUCUGGCACCCAAACAAGAGACCAUCAUUGAGGUAGAGCUGACCAACAUCCAGAAGAAAUAUUAUCGGGCUAUUCUGGAGAAGAAUUUCACCUUCCUGUCCAAGGGUGCUAAUCAGCACAACAUGCCCAACCUCAUCAACACCAUGAUGGAGCUGCGCAAAUGCUGCAACCAUCCCUACCUCAUCAAUGGGGCAGAGGAAAAGAUCCUAGAAGAUUUUCGUAAAACACACAGCCCAGAUGCUUUUGACUUCCAGUUGCAGGCAAUGAUCCAGGCAGCAGGCAAGCUGGUGCUGAUUGAUAAGCUGUUACCAAAGCUGAUUGCAGGCGGGCACAAGGUGCUGAUCUUCUCCCAGAUGGUGCGCUGUCUCGAUAUCCUGGAGGAUUAUCUCAUCCAGAGGCGAUACACGUAUGAGCGCAUUGAUGGACGAGUGCGUGGGAAUUUGCGCCAGGCUGCCAUUGACCGCUUUUGCAAGCCAGAUUCAGACCGCUUUGUCUUCUUGCUCUGUACGAGGGCUGGAGGUCUGGGCAUCAAUCUCACUGCUGCUGACACCUGCAUCAUCUUUGACUCAGAUUGGAACCCCCAAAAUGACCUGCAGGCGCAGGCUCGCUGCCACCGAAUAGGGCAAAGCAAGGCAGUAAAAGUUUAUCGCCUUAUCACUAGGAAUUCUUAUGAGCGUGAGAUGUUUGACAAGGCCAGCUUGAAGCUCGGUUUGGACAAAGCAGUGCUACAGGACAUCAACCGUAAAGGCAGCAACAAUGGGGUCCAACAGCUCUCUAAGAUGGAGGUUGAAGAUUUGUUGCGAAAGGGAGCUUAUGGGGCACUAAUGGAUGAGGAAGAUGAAGGCUCCAAAUUCUGUGAGGAAGAUAUUGAUCAGAUCCUGCAACGGAGAACCCAAACAAUCACUAUUCAGACUGAGGGAAAGGGCUCUACAUUCUCCAAGGCCAGCUUUGUUGCUUCUGGGAACCGAACUGACAUUUCAUUGGAUGAUCCCAACUUCUGGCAGAAAUGGGCAAAAAUAGCAGAGUUGGAUACAGAUGCAAAAAAUGAAAAGGAGAGCCUAGUGAUUGACAGGCCCCGUGUCCGUAAGCAGACCAAACACUACAAUUCAUUUGAGGAGGAUGAGCUUAUGGAGUUUUCUGAGCUCGACAGUGACUCUGAUGAGCGGCCCACACGCUCACGGCGUCUCAAUGAGAAAACACGGCGCUACUUGCGAGCAGAAUGUUUCCGUGUGGAGAAGAACCUGCUUAUAUUUGGCUGGGGACGCUGGAAAGACAUCUUGACUCAUGGCCGAUUUAAAUGGCAUCUGAAUGAAAAAGACAUGGAAAUGAUCUGUCGAGCACUCCUAGUCUACUGUGUCAAACAUUAUAAGGGGGAUGAGAAGAUUAAAAGUUUUAUCUGGGAUUUGAUUACCCCCACAAAAGAUGGACAGAACCAAGCCUUGCAGAACCACUCAGGCUUGUCAGCUCCAGUGCCAAGAGGAAGGAAAGGAAAGAAAACAAAGAGCCAGAUGCUACUUCCUGAGAUCAAGAAUGCUGACUGGCUUACCACCUGCAAUCCUGAGAUUGUCCUACAUGAUGACAGCUACAAAAAACACCUAAAGCAACAUUGCAACAAGGUGCUGUUGCGGGUGCGAAUGCUGUACUACUUGAAGGCUGAAGUGCUGGGAGAGGCAGCUGACAAAGCCUUUGAAGGAACCUCUGCCAAAGACCUGGAUGUCAUGUUGCCUGACAUUGACUACAUGGAGAUCCCUGUGGAUUGGUGGAAUGCUGAGGCAGAUAAAUCCCUGCUCAUUGGAGUUUUCAAACAUGGUUAUGAACGGUACAACGCCAUGCGAGCUGAUCCAGCCCUGUGCUUUCUUGAGAAGGUUGGCAUGCCGGAUGAGAAGCUGCUGUCUGCGGAACAGAGUGUCAUUGAUGGAGUGCAAGAUGCUCCAGAAAAAGUCAACACAGACAAAGAUGAGGGCAGUGCAGACAAGGUAGAAGGGCUGCAGAAAGAGGAGGAGACUUCAGAGUGUAGUGGUGAAACUACUGAGAAGAAGGAUGAUAGUGUGGCAGCCCAGGAUGGCUCCAGCCCAGACAAAUCCAUCUGGCCUGUGUCAUCUGCUCUGACAGCCAGACUGAGGCGUCUUGUUACUGUCUAUCAGCGUUGCAACCGUAAAGAAUUGCCACCCAGACCUGAAAUCAUGGGGCCUUGUAACCAUGGCUAUUGGCUGCAAGAGGAGAUGUUCAGGAGAGCCAGUGAAGUGGAUCCAGUGAACAAAGAAUUGCAAAAAAGAUGGACCAGAAGAGAACAAGCAGAUUUCUACCGUACUGUCUCCUCAUUUGGAAUAAUCUAUGAUCCAGAGAAGAAGAUCUUUGACUGGACGCAGUUCCGGUCUAUUUCACGUUUGGAGAAGAAAACUGAUGACAGCCUAGAAAAAUAUUUCUACAGCUUUGUUGCCAUGUGUAAGACUGUUUGUCGUUUGCCCCACUGGAAGGACGAUGGCCCAGCAGAUCCCAGUAUCUAUGUGGAACCAAUCACAGAAGAACGUGCUGCAAGGACAUUGUACCGAAUUGAGCUUCUGCGGAAGGUCCGAGAGCAAGUGUUGAGGUGUCCACAGCUUCAUGAACGACUCAAGCUUUGCCGUCCAAGUUUGUAUCUUCCUGUGUGGUGGGAAUGUGGUAAGCAUGACCGGGAUCUGCUGAUAGGUACAGCUAAACAUGGACUGAACCGCACAGACUAUUUCAUCAUGAACGACCCUCAGCUGUCAUUUUUAGAUGCCUACAGAAAUUAUGCUCAGCACAAAAGGACUGGAGUUAUUGGAGCAGAAAACUUUUGCUGCCAUCAUCAGGCAAACUCAAAACUAUAUUGUUCCCCUUCAUACGGUCAGGUGGAACAAAAGCAUGAAUCUGCAGAGACAGAAACUAUGAGCUGUGUCAAGCUAGUGGGCACAGGUGAUGGCCUCUCACAGACAGAAAACAUCUCUCAGGAUGGGAACUGUGAAACCUUUAUGUCUAAAGUCCGUGGUAUGAUGCCUAUUAACUAUGAUGAGAGCUCUUUGCCUGACUCUCUACUGUGCAUGAUGUAUGAUGAGAAGGCCUGCAACAGUGAGCACAGUUCCCUUGCCCGUGACAGCCCAAGCUGCACAGAUGUCAGCAGCAAUACUACCAAAAUGGCAGAGGGGAAAAUAGAUGGAGAUGAAGAUCUUUCUAGCUGUGAUGCUGAUACUACAAGAGACCCCUCCUAUCUUGAUAAUUUGCAACUCAGCAGUGACCAAAUGGAGAGUCAAAAUACAACACAGGAGCCUUUAGCCAAGGAAGCAAAGCCCUCUGAAGACUUUUCUGCAGAACCCUCUGAAGCCCUCCAGCACAUGGGCAGUCCAUAUGGUAGCUCAGGAUCAGUACCGUUUGAAAGAGAUGGCAUGGGAGGGGUCCUGAGUUUAGGAGUCUACAGUCCCAGUCUUCACAAUUUUGAUAUCAAAGUCCAUCCUGAGAAGAGGUUUAUGAGCUUAUUGCAUGAGAAAGGCUUGGAGGAGAAAUCUGUUCAGAGUCAGAGUCACAGUGAAGAUGAGGAGGAGGAAGAAGAGGAGGAGGAAGAGGAAGAUAAUUUGGAGACAGCAGCUGACUCUUUGGGGGUUUUUAGAAGCUGUCUAAAUACCUUGGAUGGGGAGGAAGACAUAGCUGUUGCACAAGAGGGGCAGAAACAGAGUUCCUGCAUUCUCACCAGUCUAGAUGCAUUUAUAGACGGACGGAAUAAGGAGCUGGUUGAAUCCGUCUCCAGUGAGCAAGCAGCAUCUAAAUUUGAUAGUGAGCCAGGGGCUGGAGAGGACGACCAGGCUGAAUGUGAGAGCCUUGAGGAACACAUUCCAGCUUUGCAGGAGAUCCAGGCCUUCCACCACCACCACCAUCACUCUGCACAAAGCAAUACUUCAGCAGUUCAAAUGGAGCUCCUGAAGUCACAUUCUGUGGGCAUGGAGGCAGACCCCUGGGGAGAUGACACUGAGGGGAAGGUGGAAAGUCCUGCUGUUCAACCCUUCUGUAGGAAUGAAAUAAAGAGAGAGGAGGAAGAGUGUGAAAACCAAGACCUAGAGAAAAGGGAUGGAAUCAGCCAAAAUCAAGACUGUUAUGAGAAGCUUUCUGAAGAUGAAAGUAAGAGCUCCGUGUUUGCUGCGCCUGAAGAGAUUGAUGAACUUCAGGAUGUUCGGGCUCCCACCAUAGCUCAGCUUUUACAAGAGAAGACCCUCUACUCUUUCUCAGAAUGGCCUAAGGAUCGUGUGAUCAUCAAUCGAAUUGACAACAUUUGUCAUGCCAUCUUGAAGGGCAAGUGGCCUUCUUCCAGCCAGCCAUUUGAAAUACACAGUGUAAUGCCUGCUGCUGUGUUAGCCAGUAGUACUGGCAAAAGGAACAAUUACUCUGAGACAGAAGCCUCAGAGUCCAGCUUUAGCAAUGGAGUGAUAGCUACACAGGUCCAAAAGGAAGGUUUCUUGGCUCCCACAUUUGUCAAAGAUGAACACAAGCACCGGCAACCAUAUGAAUUUGAGGUGGAAAGAGAUGCCAAGCGACGGAACCUUGAGCAGCUUGUUGCAUCUCAUCCCCAUCCUCCUAUUGUGUUGAAUGGCUGGCGGGAUGCUGCAGUGGAUCUUUCCAGAGUGCCUGAUGCAUCACCAGGAAGCAGCUCUCCCUUCUCUCUAAGCACAAAUAUACCUAAAUUAGGAACUGUGAAUGCCCUGCAAGGCUCUCUGGGCAUGGACUUGUCUGGUAUUCUUCAGGCAGGAUUAAUUCAUCCUGUCACAGGACAGAUUGUCAAUGGGAGUCUACGAAGGGAUGACACUGCUAUGAGGAGAAGGCGGGGAAGGAGAAAAAAUGUGGAAGGAAUAGACCUGAUAUUUUUGAAGGAGAGGUGCCUCCAGACAGGACUGCCAGAAGAUCAAGCCCAGACUGUUCCAAGCAAUCUGAACCCUGAUGGGCCAGCCAUCUCUACCUCAACUCAGCAGACAGUCCCAGGCACGAAUGUCCAGGCAGAGAAGAUUGUUCCAAACAAGACUCUUCUGGAUUGGCUGAGACAGCAGUCUGAUUACACUCUUGAAAUUCCUAGUUUUGGCACAAAUUUUCCAGAGAAGCCUAAACAGAGGAGGCAGCGUUGUAAGGACCCCAGCAAACUGGACAUAAAUUCUCUGACAGGGGAGGAGCGUGUGCCUGUGGUCCAUAAGGGUACAGGACGAAGGUUAGGAGGAGCCAUGGCACCAGCACUGAAGGAACUGCCAAGAUGGCUUGAUGCUAACAUAGAGUAUGCUGUUGCAGCUGACUGGUCUGACAUUGUUAAGCUUUCAGGGUUUUUACCUGAAAACAAGUUCAAUCGUAUUCUUACUGAGCCUGUACUCCGGGAUGCUGGACCUCGGCGGAGAGGCAGAAGGCCAAGAAGUGAACUUUUCAAAGCUCCUGGCAUAGUAGCUGAUGCUUCUUCUGGAAUGGGACCAUUAUUCAUGAAUGGACUUAUUGCUGGAAUGGAUUUAGUAGGACUUCAGAAUAUGAGAAACAUGCAAGGCAUUCCUUUAACUGGGCUGGUUGGAUUUCCUGCUGGAUUUGCAGCAAUACCUGCUGGUGAGGAUGUUAAAAGCACUCUAAGUAUGUUGCCAAUGAUGUUGCCUGGCAUGGCCGCUGUACCACAAAUGUUUGGUGUUGGAGGACUUCUCAAUCCAUCGCUGACAACUACAUGUACUUCAACUACUCCAACUUCAUUAUCAAGCACAACUAAAAGUGGUAUGUCACAUACAGAAAAAGAUGUUGAAGGCAAACAGAGUGGCCAAUGCGCAAAACCAGAAACUUUUUCUGAAGACAAGUCUGGCUCUAGUUCGUUUUCUGAUCAGUCGGAACCUGCAAUAACUACCAGUAGUCCUGUAGCUUUUAACCCGUUUCUUAUUCCAGGAAUGUCAUCUGGACUGCUCUAUCCCUCAAUGUUUCUUUCUCCUGGCAUUGGCAUGGCAUUGUCAGGUCUUCAGCAAACCAGACACUCAGAUGCAGCAAACCUAGAAACCCAGAAGCGAAAAAGAAAGAAACCUAAAGGGGAAUUAUCAAACCCAGAUUCAGAAACUCCCUUGUUAUCUGAGAAGGAACACGCAAACAAUCAAAACUGUACAGAACAAAUACCAUCUGUGUCAACAGAGAACCAACAUGAUGUACCAGCAGAAAAGGAGGAAGAGAAGGAAAAGUUAAAAGAAAUUAAAGAUACCAAUUAGAACUUUGUUAAUUUCUUUAAAAAAUAUUGUGGCUUGUAAGUUUUUCAUCCCAUUAAUAUUUGUUAUGGCCCUCUGUCUCCACUUUGCCUUCCUAAAAACCUGUGUUUCUACAAGUAAUAUUAUCUACCUAAUGCCUGGUAAGAAAACUAUGGUGACAUGUUAAUAGUUGCAAGGUCUUGCCAUAUAGAUAAGCAGUGUUCAAUAAUUAGUAUUGGAGGCACAGAAUUUUUGUUCAGUUGUCCAGCUGUUCGUCUCCCCCCCCCCCAUAAUAAGUACUUGAUCACCCCCCAAAACUGCUUGCUUGUUUGAGGGGGGAAAAAUCAGAGAAAAGGAAAGUGCUUCUCUCCUGACGCACACAAAAGAACACAGGAAAAGGCAGAUGUUUUUACAGUGACACUGAAUUUUAAAAAAUCUUGUAUUUUGGGGUAAAAAGCACAGUUAUAGUAAGUGCUAAUGUGUAUUUUUUGAUUUAAAGUAUUUCCCUAUUUUAUCAUGGUUACUAGAAUAGUAGUAUAGACAGAAGUAUAUAACUAAUGAUUGAAAAUGCAUAUAUUCAUUUCUUUUUUUAAAAAAAGGCAUUAAUGGUAGAUAUAUAAUUUACUCCUGUUCACACUACAAGUUUUUGGAAACAAAUUGCUGUAAGUGAAAAGAUUACGUGAACUUUUAUAUUUCUAAAACCAAAUCUUUUUUCAUGUUAUGCUUUUAUUUGUCCUUCUUUUUAUUUUUUGAAGGCUGUUUCCAGCUCUUGCUGAGAAAGUUACACACAUCUUGCAUGGUUGUUUUUUUUAAUUGAUUUUUUGCAGUGGCCAGGAUGGGAUGAGGGUUAUAUGAAAUUUAUGUAACUACCAGUUACUUUUUCAUUUUACUAUUGUUCCUUUCUCACAGAGAUCCCUGAAAAGUAUUUUUUCCAUUGAAGAAUAGACCACUGAUUUUAAUUUUCAUAUAGGGGAACUGAAGUUUAGCAAUUCUUUUCCUUCCCAGACAAUGUUAUUUUUGAAAACAGAAUUUUAAAAAGCUGUAUUCUGGGCUUUUACAUUUUAGAUGGCCUUUCGGAAAGACUGUUGACAUUUUCAGAACUUGAGUUCAUUUUCUGUUUCUAGUUUUAGACUGUGAAGAAAACACUUUUGCUCUUUCUUUCUGUUCCUGUUCAUCCCUUACAUUGUUGGAUGGUAUUCCCAGUAUCUCUGAACAUACCAUACAUUUUGUGUUAGUGGUUUAAAUUAGCCCUUUUAAAACAUAAACAGUUUUCCAAAGCUCAGUAUGCUGAAGUACCCUCCCCAGGCAAUUCUUACAUAGAUUUUUUUUUCUUCCCACUCUGUCACUUUUCUUUCACUUGGGCUUGUUAUAAUUUACAGCUCAUGUUUUGAGACUUGAAAAAAACACACUUCGUGGUGCGAUGUUUAAAUGGCAGACCAUUAGAAGGGGCUUGGGAUUCUAGUAUUCUGUUUCACAUUUGGUUUGUCACAAUUUACUGUAUUUUUUACUUAUUUUUUCUGUUACAGUUUUGCUAAUUUAUCAGAUGGUCCAAAUGUUUUGACAUAACUAUUUCAGUUUGCAUUAUUUAUUUAUGAUGCUUUUUCAUUGUCUUUUAUACAUUUGGGAAUAUAAAGUAUGUACAUGUUAAAAUUAGCAUCUCAAAGAAGUCUGGUAUCCAUGAACUAAAAAUAAGUCUAUGUUGCAGUGAAUUCCAUUAUCUGUUCAUCCAAUUGGAAUGAGUUUAUACAAUUGGUUAUGUUAUUGCAAAAAUAGGUAAUGAAUAUGCCCUAUUUAAUAACACCCUGUAGCACAGAUGAUGUAUCACUAUUGACAGAUUUCUUAGAAAUGCUGCUAUCUCUGUUUAUCUAACAUUUUGUUCAGUUUUGCCUCCAGUGGAAGCAGAGGGUUUUUUCAGCUGUUAAAUCCAAAAUCAGUAUAAUUUAUUUAUGUAAAAAAAUCACUUGAUAUAUUUUUGAACCUUUUAAGUACUAACUUUUUAUUUAGUAGGAAAACAUGUACUUGCCCUAAAUACUUAAAAUACAAAUGCUAUAAAACUUCAUAUAUCUUGAAAGCCUUACUAUGAACGGAUGCAGAUUUCUCUAUGGAGUCUAGCUGUAAUAUAUAUUAUUUGCUAGGCCAAGGUUAAACUCAUAAGGAACAGGGUUUGAGUGUGAACUUCAUUUAGUUGUCAGCAUGUUCUCUAUACCUUAUUCUUUCUUAUUUAACGUUUGUGUCUGAGUGUAUAAGCUUCUCUUUGACGUCAAUGUGUGACUCUUUUGCACUGAUUGAGCUAUUCUGGCUUAUUUACAUUGAAAGGCAUAAAUGGUUUCUUAUUUUUUACCAUAAUCAUCUUCAAGGAUGAAUGCCAGCUUUUCCACUUAUUUCAUAAACACUCAUACAAACAUAGAUGAUUCAUCAAAUGUGCUGUUAAAAUAAACUGUCUGUGCUUGUAAAAAUGAACAAAUAGAUUUAAAAGUCAGAUUUUUAAUUUUUUAAUUUAGUGAUUUACUUUAAAAAAACACAGAUCCUUGACGGAACCUCACUAAAGAUGUGUAUACCCUUUUCUAGGAAAACUUUCUGCUUGUUUUACUUGACUUGGAACUACCCAUGAUUUACCUUGUUUUAUGCAUAAGCCUUGUUGGCCUAUAUAGCUUACCUUCCUUUAAUUAUCCAUGUGAUUCAAGAGGCCCUUUCUAACGAAGUAUGCAUCACUUUAGGCCUGUGUAGAUCUGAUUAAUUGCUGAAUAUUUACGUACUUUUUAUACCAGAUAAAAUAUUGCACAGUAUUUCAUGCUAUUUACGUAGCAAUAAAUGGGAGCCCUGUCUACGCAAAUAGAAAUGCUCCCUACUGAAAGGUAGGCAGAUUCUGCAAACAUUUUCAGAACAAUGAUAAUCUAGUAAUUUGCACAAAUCUCCCAAUAUCAGUAAUAAUUAUUUUGCAUUUGCACAGAACAUUGCAUUUAUAUGAAUAAAGCAUGAACUGGU